UCCUGGAUCGUCCCCGACUCCCAGAUCGUCCCUGGCUCCCAGGGUGCCCCCGGUUCCCAGGGUGUCCCUAGUGCCUCGGGUGUCUCUGGCGCCCCGGAUGUCCCUGGGUCUGGACUCAAAUCGUUCUAGCUCCUUUAGGAGAGAGAGCUCCACUUGGUAUCAAGAGCCACAGCUGCAAUACCGGCGGCCCACCAUUCGCUUCAGCCUCCGCCCCAAGACAUCUCGCCGCCUGUCGCAGCGGUCAGCCACCACCUGCGUCUCGCUCAUCAGUGCCUUCAACGAGCUGGCAAAGAUGGGUGACCCGGACCUGUUGGAGAUGGUGGAGGAGGAAGGUUUAAGAGCCAAAGAAAUAAACUAUGUUUUCCAAAGGAGUGAGAGCCUGGUCUCCAGGGAUACCAGCUUCCUCAUCAGUGAUGAGCCACAGCCAUUGCCUCAGAAGCGAUUCAAUUUGUUCCUGAGGAGGCGUCUGAUGUUUCAAAGAAGCGAACAAAGCAAAGAUUCAAUCUUCUUCAAUGAUGGAGUUAGGCAGAUCGACUUUGUCCUUUCUUAUGUGGAAGAUGUGAAGAAAGAUGCAGAGCUAAAGGCAGAAAGAAGACGCGAGUUUGAACUAAAUCUCAGGAAAACGGGUCUUGAGUUGGAAAUUGAAGAUAAAAUGAACUCUGAAGAUGGAAAAACCUUUUUUGUGAAGAUCCACGCCCCAUGGGAGGUCCUAGUCACUUAUGCUGAAGUGCUGGGAAUCAAGAUGCCUAUUAAGUUGAGUGACAUCCCACGACCAAAGUACACACCUCUGAGGUACAUGCUUGGGCCUGUGAAGCUCCCAGCCACUGUGAAGUACCCUCACCCUGAGUAUUUCACUGCCCAGUUCAGCAGACAUCGUCAGGAGCUCUUCCUCAUUGAAGACGAGGCCACUUUCUUUCCAUCUUCAGCUAGAAACAGAAUUGUUUACUAUAUUCUGUCACGAUGCCCUUUUGGAGUUGAAGAGGGGAAGAAAAAGAUUGGAAUCGAAAGAUUACUAAACUCCAACACUUACUUAUCUGCCUACCCACUCCACGAUGGCCAGUACUGGAAGCCAUCCAGGACUCCUUCUCACAUCAAUGAGAGGUACACCCUUCACCAGAACUGGGCUCGGUUUUCCUACUUUUACAAGGAGCAGCCUUUAGAUUUGAUUCGGAAUUAUUAUGGAGAAAAGAUCGGUAUCUAUUUUGUGUUUCUCGGGUAUUACACAGAAAUGCUGUUGAUUGCGGCUCUGGUUGGCUUAGCCUGCUUUAUCUACGGUUUGUUAUCAAUGGAAAAUAACCAAACUAGCAAUGAAAUCUGUGACCCUAACAUCGGAGGUCAAAUGAUCAUGUGUCCACUUUGUGAUGGAGUCUGUGAUUACUGGAGACUCAACACCACGUGCCUGCAUUCGAAGUUCUCCCAUCUGUUUGAUAAUGAGUCAACCGUGUUCUUUGCCCUCUUCAUGGGGAUCUGGGUCACACUGUUUCUGGAGUUUUGGAAACAGCGACAAGCCAGGCUUGAGUAUGAGUGGGAUCUGGUGGACUUUGAAGAAGAGCAACAGCAGCUCCAGCUGCGGCCCGAGUUUGAAGCCAUGUGUAAACGGAAGAAGUUGAAUCCUGUGACGAAGGAGAUGGAGCCACACAUGCCCCGGUGCCAUCGCAUCCCAUGGUACUUUGUGUCAGGGACCACAGUGAUCUUUGGGAUGGCUCUCCUCCUCAGCAGCAUGGUGUCCAUCAUUGUGUAUCGCCUGUCAGUCUUUGCCACUUUUGCCAGCUUCAUGGAAAGUGAAGCCACCCUGCAGAAUGUGAAGAGCUUCCUCACCCCCCAGCUGGCCACCUCUCUCUCUGGAUCAUGCCUGAACUGCAUUGUCAUCUUGAUCUUGAAUUUUUUCUAUGAGAAGAUAUCUGCCUGGAUUACAAAAAUGGAAAUUCCUCGAACUUACCAGGAGUAUGAGAGCAGUCUCACUCUGAAGAUAUUUCUCUUCCAGUUUGUGAAUUAUUACUCAGCUUGCUUUUACGUGGCCUUCUUUAAAGGGAAGCUCGUGGGCUAUCCUGGAAAGUACACAUACAUGUUUAACUUAUGGAGAAGCGAAGAGUGUGAUCCUGCAGGCUGUCUGAUAGAGCUGACAACCCAGCUAACCAUCAUCAUGAUUGCAAAACAGCUUUAUACUAACGUCUAUGAAGCCUGUCAACCCUUGGUUUUUAAUUGGUGGAGACGCCGAAGAGCCAGGACCAACUCUGAGAAGCUAUACAGUCGCUGGGAGCAAGAUCAUGACCUUCAACCUUUUGGACAACUUGGGCUGUUCUAUGAGUACUUGGAAACAGUUAUCCAGUUUGGGUUUGUCACGCUGUUCGUGGCCUCCUUUCCCCUGGCCCCCUUGUUUGCUCUCAUAAACAACAUUAUGGAGAUCCGAGUGGAUGCCUGGAAGCUGACGACUCAGUACAGGAGACCUGUGGCUGCAAAAGCUCACUCCAUAGGUGUCUGGCAGGACAUUCUCUAUGGAAUGGCCAUCAUUUCCAUUGCAACUAAUGCCUUCAUUGUUGCCUUCACAUCUGACAUCAUCCCACGGUUAGUUUACUUCUAUGGCUACUCAAGCAAUUCCACAGAGCCCUUGAGUGGAUAUGUCAAUAACAGCCUGUCAGUGUUCCUGAUAGCUGACUUCCCCAACGACACAGCGCCCAUGGAGAAAAAAGACUUCACCACUUGCAGGUACAGAGAUUACAGGAACCCUCCUGAUCAUGAGAACAAGUAUGUCCAUAACAUGCAGUUCUGGCAUGUCCUUGCCGCCAAGAUGGCCUUCAUCAUAGUGAUGGAACACAUUGUGCUUCUGUUCAAAUUUUUAUUAGCAUGGAUGAUACCAGAUGUUCCAAAGGAUGUCACAGAGAAAAUCAAACGAGAAAAGUUAAUGACUGUAAAAAUUAUCCAUGACUUCGAGCUCAACAAGUUGAAAGAAAAUUUGAAUUUUGAGUACAGUAACAUCAUUAGGGAUGACACAGAGGAAGACAACAGAUCCCUGGGGAGCAAAUCCUCUGUCUAAUCCACAUGCAAGGAGAGAAGCUCUGCACCCUUCUCUGUUCACUGUUGCCUCUGGGUUUCUGGCUGGAUGUUGGAAUCCAUAUAUCCAUUUGUUUUACUUUCUUCCUUUUAUUUUUAACUCAGAGACUUCCUGCCCUUUGCUAGAGGCUGACAUCAGAAGAGAACACAGGCAGGCACUAUCCACUGGGCUCUCCCAGGGGGUAACUCGUGGAGUCCUGAAGACAGUUGCAGGUGGUGCCACUGGACGCAGAGUCUGGGAAAUCAUGAAGUAUUGCUACUUAGAGUGAAAUGCUGGCCUUGGGGAUGCUUGGUCACUUCCCAGAGCAACUGCGCAUCUCUGCUCUCUCCUGUUGAGUGUUUUGUCUCCCUCCCAACAAGAAAAGGGUCACAUUGAAGAGUGAGCUAGCAACGAGAUCUGCCAUCUCAUAGAACA